AUGGAUGACCAAGUAGAAGUUCACUUCCAAACUGAUUUAGGUGAAGAUUGGCAAGUUUCUGAAAGCUACUGGAUAAAUACCAGCAGUGGAAAAACUGAGCUUCAAGAUAUAAUUCUUCAGCACCUUAACAAGCAAGCGAAUUUGAUGCUUCUUCUUAAUGGAGACAUCAUCACGAAUUCUUUAGAAGAGUAAUUCCUAUAUAGGCAUAUGAGGACUCAAGGACUCUCUACAGAGCAAAAAAUCGAAAUUUGGUUUUCUAUCGAGAUUCCACCACCUUCUUCUCUAGGAGAAAUACAGCAUGAUGACUGGAUUUCAUGUGUCCAGCUGACAAGCCAAGGGUGCUUUGUGUCAGACUAUGGAGGAUUUCUGGCACUUUAUAAUGAAAACCAAGAAGAAAUCAUAAAAAAUCAGAUUUUUAGCCACCCUAUAAAAUCGAUAGAUUUCAAUGAAAAUUCUAAUUUGCUGAUCGCAAGCUCUAAAACUGGCGACAUAAAAAUCUACAAUUUCCAAGAAAAUUCAUUAGAAGAGUCAGCAUUUUCGCAUAUAAAGCACAUAGAAAAAGUCACAUCUAAUCCUUCAGGCUCCAUGUGGGCUGUUGGAACCUAUUCAGGAGAAAUAAACCUUGCCAAAAUUAACGAAGAAACCGCAAAUAUACGAGAUGGAACUAAGAAGCAAAGACUUGACAAGUUUAACAUUGAAAUAAACCAGUUAAAUUUGCCACAUACAGACUGUAUAACUGGGCUUAAGUGGCCGUCUCUUGAUUUGUUAUUAACAAGCUCUACUGAUCAUUCAAUUAUGGCUGUCGAUUUAGAGACCCAAUCUGUAAUUUCAAGCAUUUUGGCUCCAAGGUCUAUUCAAGCAUUCAAUGUUUUUGAGAAUAACAUUGCAGCUGGUUUUGAAAAUGGGCUAACACAACUCUAUGACUAUAGAAAUUCACAAGUAAAUGCUAUUUAGAAAAUUGCUUUAUUGGAAGGGAAAUCUUGGGUAAGAGCUAUUUCAAUGAAAGACUUGUAUAUUGCUGUUGGGCAUGAAAACGGAAAUUUAAGGUUUUUCGAUAGAAGAAGUGUGAAGAGUCCAUUGCACACAAUAGAAGCUCACCAAGGAAAAGUAUUGACAACAGAUUGGCUGAAUAGUAUUAUUUCUAGUGGAGGGUCAGAUUCAAUAGUAAAAUAUCACACAUUUAGUUAG